AUGUUCAUGCAACGUACAGUCAUUGCCGCGGCCCGCCGUGCUGCCAUCAAGCCCGCCGUCGCCCGCUCCUUCACCACCUCCUUUGUCCGCCGUGAAGCUGCCAAAGGCCCAACCACUCCCAACGAGCAGGCCGCUGCCCUCGCCCAUGACAGCAGCAAAACCGUCGGCACCUACAAGACCUUUUCUCAGGUAAAGACUGACGAAGACCUGCUUGCACCUGGUGCCAAGCCCGGUACCGUCCCUACCGACCUCGAGCAGUCGACUGGUCUCGAGCGUCUCGAGAUCCUCGGAAAGAUGGAGGGUGUCGACGUCUUCGACAUGCGACCACUUGAUGCCAGCCGCAAGGGCACGAUGGAGGACCCCAUCCGUGUCCGCUCUGCUGGUGAAGAGCAGUACCUCGGCUGCACCGGCUACCCUGCCGAUUCCCACGUCGUGACCUGGCUCGGCAUCUCCAAGGACCGCCCCAUUGAGCGCUGCCCUGAGUGCGGCAGCGUCUACAAGAUGGACUAUGUUGGCGCCGAGGAUGACCACCAUGGCCACCACCACGCCCCCGAAUACCCGGAGCCUCAGACUUUCGCCGACUACAUUAAGCCCGAGUACCGCUACCGAUGA